AUGGGUUGUGGAGGCUCUAGGACAGAUGCUUUGGAACCACGGUACCGGGAAAGCUGGACCAAAGAGACCGAAUCUACUUGGUUGACCAGCACAGAUACAGACAUCCCUCUGUCUUCAAUCCACAGCAUCCCUUCAGAGACCUCCUCUGAGGUUGCAUUUGCAUCAGCGAAAACCACCAACUCUGAUAUCUUCGACGAUGGCCUGCCAGCGCCUGCUCAGGCGUACCUCAAGGUGUGUUCUGCCAUGUCUGAGGCUACUCUUAAAGAUGUGAAAGGUGGUGGUCCUCACUCUAUACUGGCCUCUCAAGAACAGGAGGGGCUGCCUUCCUCACCAGGCACCACAGUGCAGAGGAGAAGUGUUGUUCGUACUGAAGAGAUUUGGCAAGACAACAGGAUGUCCAGUAAGCAGGUGACCAUCACUGUAACUCAGAGCAUUCGUCAAAUGGACAAGAGUGGAAGGAUCAAAGAAAAAUCCCACACUACUUUUGAGGUCAUGAAACCUCUGGAUCGUUUGACGGAAGCAGAAGCAGACUCUGUUCUGAAGUGAGACAAGAACGCAGC